AUGAGUGACACAGUCUUAUUACAAAUUCCAAUUACAGUUCUUCAAGAAAAAUUAAAAGGAAUUCAAAGUUUCGAAAAUUAUAAGCCACCAAUAAUGGUAGCAGGUGAAUUUAAUAAUUGGAGGCAUGAUAGUACAAAUUUUCAAUUAAAGAUUAAUGAUAUUGAAAAUUUAUAUUCUAUCGAUUUACCUAAGAUGCCAGGGAAAACACAAUUUGUAUUUAAAUUAUAUAUUCCUGACGUUACGUGGUUUACAGUGCCUUAUUUUGAUACAGUGAUAGACGAAACAGGUAAUGUUAAUAAUAUUAUUCAUUAUGAACCGUUACAAAUAAAUAAUGAAGUCACAUCACCAUUCGUUGGGUCAAUCAGUGAUUAUAAUAGUAAUGAUUAUGUUGAGAUCAAAUCAUUGAGUGAAUUAAGUAGUGCUGAAGAAAUUUUAAAUCAAGGGUCGGAAUCACCAAAUCAAAUUACUGAUAGUAUAUAUGGAAGUACAAUUGAUGAUUACUAUAAUCUAGACGGUACACCCCAAAAUAGUGUUGUAUGCAGCAUAUCACAGUCUUCUAAAUUAUUAGGAUCUAGUCAGACUUUAUCUGGGGUACAAGCAUUUACUCAGAGGGUAAAGAAAUAUUUUAACAAAUAA